AACGCUUCAAAAAUAAGGUUCCAGAUGUCACAAAUAAUGUUGACAGUAAAUUGGAAAUUGUAACUAGAGGUUAUCUUUGUUUAAUAACAUUAUCAGUGUCACAAACUGUUUUAUCAACAAACAAUGAACUAAUCUCAGGAGCGUCAGAGGCAUAAACCUGUAAUAGCAAGUGGUCGUCCACUUACUUCGACAUAAUUUUUAAUAUUACGUGGUACUGUAUAUUGUCCGCUAUGCACAGUGAAGCUAAAAUUGUCGUCCUCGGAUCUUGUAGUGUUGAUUUCACAACAUAUGCUCCACGGUUGCCGCAACCGGGAGAAACACUGCAUGGAACAAAAUUUACCACUAGUUUCGGCGGCAAAGGUGCUAAUCAAUGCGUGGCAGCGGCUAAACUCGGCGGGAAUGUGUAUAUGAUAUGCAAGUUAGGAGAUGAUCAAUGGGGUAAACAGUAUAAAGAAUACUUAGGAGAAGUUGGCGUAGACGUAACUCACGUCCAUAUUCAGCCGAAUGUUACAACUGGGAUUGCUCAGAUAUCUGUCGCUGAAAAUGGAGAGAAUCAAAUAGUAAUAGUUCCAGGUGCGAACAAUCACCUUAAUAAAGAUGACGUUAAAAAAGCAGUAGAACUAAUUAAACACGCGGACAUAAUAAUAGGUCAACUAGAGACACCGUUUGAGACUACAUUGGAAGCUUUUAAAUUAAAUAAUGGCCUAAGGCUGUUGAAUGCUGCACCUGCUAAAGAAGACAUACGAGAAAUUUUGCCUUAUUGUUCUAUACUUUGCGUGAAUGAGUCUGAAGCUUCCAUUCUGGCAAAUAUUAAUGUUAAUAUUUCCAACGCAGGAGUAGCAUUAAAUAAUUUGUUAAACACUGGAUGCGAUACCGUUAUUAUAACACUUGGCAGUAAAGGAGCCGUUUAUGCAACGAAACAGAAUAAACAACCAAUACAUGUUCUGUGUGAAAGCGUAACGCCUGUUGAUACGACUGGAGCUGGUGAUGCCUUCGUUGGAGCGCUGGCUACAUUUUUGAUGACCCAUAAGGAUUACCCACUUCAUCAAAUUAUUGGUGCCGCUUGUCACGUUGCCUCCAUAUCCGUUACAAAGGAAGGCACGCAGACUAGCUACCCUAAAAAUUUUAAAGGCUUUGGUACAGAAUAUACAUAUGUUAAAUUAUAACAAUGAAA